CUGCAGCAAACAAAUUGGCGUUGAAAUGUCGGAAUGUCAAGAUUGAUGGGGAUGUUGAAUGUGAUGUUGUUUAUAAUAUGCCGCUAACUGAAUACAAACCGUUUGUUAUAAUUGUGCGCAUAAUAGGUGUACAUUGAAAUGUCUUUCGAUUGUGUAAAUUAUUUGUUAUUAUAAUCUCUUUGUAGACCAUUAAAAUGCGUUAAAUGGCUUGCUUGAAUUAUGGGAAAGUGCCUGGGACAGAAGUGGAAAUGGGAAUGAAGGUGGAUAACAUGGACGUUAAUGAUCUAGUGAAAACGACAGGUCUGCGCAGAAAAGCUACGUUGAACGUAACAUUUUGUGUAAAAAAAGAAAGGAAUGCAUCGUUUAAAAAAGUUUCAAGAAUAUUACAGAAAUCUGAAGAUGACCGUACGGAAGAAGAAAAGGAAGUACUCAACUCUUGCUCUGAAGUCGUUAAAGAAGUCACGUCAAGACUGGAGAAACGCAAUAAGCUAAAGGCUCGGAACGAGGAGGUGGAGGAUUCUCAGGAGGUGCUGGAUGAGAAGUGUGAGAUUCUCGCAAGAGCACUACAGGAGGCGAAACAUCUGGUGGUAUAUAGUGGUGCUGGAGUGAGCACUGCUGCCUGUAUCCCUGACUACAGAGGUAGUAACGGCAUCUGGACUCGUUUACAACAGGGGCUGGAUAUUGGACAACAUGACUUGAGCAAAACGCAGCCAACACUAACUCACAUGGUGCUGUACACACUCUACCGACGAGGCAUGCUCAAACAUGUGGUCUCGCAGAACUGUGAUGGUCUGCAUUUGCGCAGCGGACUGCCUAGAGCUGCUUUGUCAGAGGUGCAUGGCAACAUGUACCUUGAGGUAUGCCAACCGUGCAAACUGGAGUAUUGGCGGUUGUUUGAUGUUACGGAGCAUACUGCACGGUACAGUCACGAGACUGCAAGGCGCUGUUACACCUGCCAUAAGCCUCUGCGCGAUACCAUCGUUCACUUUGGCGAAAGAGGAGGUCUGAAAUGGCCAAUAAACUGGACAGGAGCAACUGCUGCAGCCAAUCAAGCUGACGUCAUCCUGUGUAUGGGCUCCAGUCUGAAGGUAUUGAAAAAAUAUCCAUGGUUGUGGGGCAUGGAUCGGCCAGUAAAGAAGAGACCCAGUCUUUACAUUGUGAACCUCCAGUGGACCCCAAAAGAUGACCAAGCUGCACUUAAAAUCAAUGGUAAGUGUGAUGAAGUAAUGGCUCGUGUGAUGUCUAGAUUAAACUUGCCAAUACCGAGUUAUGAUCCAAAAAUGGACCCGAUCUUUGUGCAUGCGACACGACUACAUGUAGUGGAGAGUCACACAUACAGUACUGCAGCAUUACAACCCCCUGAGGAUAUGAGGGAAGACUGUAAACGACCAGGGGAGAAACAAACUGAACAAGUGGGUGGUAAGAAGUUGUGCGACGACAUUAACAGAAAUCAGGCAAAUGAUAAAAAGACAAAAAUAUCCGCUGAAGAUGAAGAAAAACCAUGCAUGAAUAAUAUGAAACAAACUACAAAUAGUGAUAAUAAUGCUGAAGAUGGUACAAAAGAAAAUUCCUCCCUUUCAAAAAUUGAAGACAAAGUAUCAACCAGUUCAACAGAUGUGGAAAAUGACAAGAGUAAGAGUAGUGAGUUGCCCUCUGUCUCUGUUAAAUUGGAACUGCCUGAACAAAAUAGUUGCAAUGCAAUUGUAAAGGAAGAGCCCAAAAGUGAAUGUAGUCUAGAUAAUGAUAAAGUGAAAGAUGAACCAAACUUAGGAGAAAAUUGUAAAUCCCCUGUAAAAGGAAUUUGGCGGCCGUUUUCGUUUGAUGAAAGCAGUAGUUGUUCGUCUUCCAGUGCUAUCAAAUCUGGUGACUAUAAGACUGGAAAUGAUUUAUCUCAAGGUUCUGGGAAAGUAGGUUCCAAGUGGUUUUCAAAUUCAGAAAAAACAAGUGGUGAUUCAGUUACAACUAGGUCAAAACUUUAUGAUAGUCAAAAUGCAAUGAAAAAAUGCCUUGUCCAAAUAGAGCCACUAGAUUUGUCCUGUGGAAAGAAAUUUGAACCAAAAAAUGAGCACCCAUAUUUUUGUAAAUAUUGUCGUAUCUAUUACCACUCCGGGUUUUGUCUAUUCUACAGAAAACACUCAUCUGAAGUUCCGCCAGAGCCACCGUGUUAUUGUUGUGACGAAGAGGAUGAGAAAGACCCAACAAGUCCCGACACCGAUGUAAAAUCCCCUGAAGAGUCAGACAAGUCGACUGUUAAAGUUCCUAUCACUAACCCUGGAUGGUUUGGUAAAGGCUAUCGUAAGAAGAUACGAAAGAAAAGGUAGUAUAAGAAGGGUAGAAGUGUGCAAAAUGAAACGGAGACUGAACUGUAAGGCUCAAUGUUAAGAAUAGUCAGCCAUUUUCUAACAAAAUAAACAUCUGUUCUUUCAAUAAAAAAUAGAAGAUCAAUCAGACUACUACCUUGAUGGACUAUUCAAAACGAAAUUACAACACACUUCUACUUAAAGAUAUACAUAUUCUUGAACUGUUAAUAUAUUCAUUGAAAACGAAAAGUAGUGAUAAUUUAUUGUAAUUAGGAUGUUAGUUUUGUAUUUGUUAUGACUGUGGUUUUUUAUUCAGGUAGUUGUGGUUUCUUACUCUCUAUGUUAUAUAGAAAUUGUUUGUUGGUGUUCACCUGAGAGUUAUGUCUAAAUUUGCUCUAGUUAAAUUAAACUGCUUAUGAAAUAAAAAAUACUACUUUUUAAAA